AUGUUCAAUCAGCAAGUGCAACAGCCACUACAGCAGGAAAUACCGCAGCAAGAAACCCAAUCAAGGUUUGCUAAGUAUACUUUGAAAAGUGACCAGCCGGAAUGGUUGUCCAAUGAAGGAGUCCUAUUGAACAACGACGCUAUGAACAUCCAUGGCGGCAACAAAAGGCGAACAAUUCCUUCUAGGCUCAUCAAAAGGGUUAGAAAGACCAGUAGCGAGUCGCUUGAAGAGGAAAAGUCGACGAUUCCUGUUCUUCCGUUUCAAACAAAGAAGAGAGAGCUUCCCUUAAGCCAUCUGAAGGAGGCAUGGAAAGAAGCCUACUAUUAUAAUGAUAUGCCGCCUAAACGAUCUUUGUUUGAUUUUAACAGGUCGUCUGAUGGUGAGACGGGAAGCAACUUGCUGAUAGACAAUCCCGAUUUUCUAGAAUUAACCGAUAGACCUGACGUUUAUGCAAAUGCAUUCAACAGAUACAGUAGAGACAAGUUACAGAGGCAGCCAAAACCGGUGACCAAUCCUCAGGGACCUUUGGGACUGGACCAAUCACAGACAUCACAGACACAGCAAUUGGGUAACACUGCAGCCAAUAAUAUUCCAUUUGUAGUGGAGAAAGCCAUACCAUUGCAAGGGAAACCAAAGAACGAUAGCGAUAGAAAACUUAUGGAAAGUGCAGUUAUAGUGUAUGGAUUCCAGGACUCAAACUUUGACUUGAUAGUGGAUCAUUUUGCCAAGUUUGGACAUAUAAUGGAAGAUUUUCACGGUAUAGACGAGACUAGAAAUAGUGGAAGACUUCUUUCUGCCAUGCUACUCAAUCAACAGAGAGAGAGACAGCAUUUAGAGGAGUUCCAGAAAUCUUCUACUUCGGGUGAUUCCUCUAGACAGAAUCCUAACCGUCAUCAGCAGAGCACUUUAGCAAAAUUGAAGAAUUAUCCUAUCUUUAUGGGGGAGACGUGGGUGAAAGUAACGUAUAAUAAUGCCGCUUCAGCUGUGAGAGCAUUGAGAGAGAACAACUCAAGGGAUGAUCCAAAUAGCCUGAUAGGAGUGGUUCCAUACACUCGACAGGGGGUGGAAACGUUACUCAAGAAGAAGAUACCGGAUGCUCUUGACGUUGGUAAUGGACUUGCCAGCUUACAGAUUGAGCCCGAUGAUAUUGAAUUUCCAGAGGAUGCCAGGGGAAUUGGAGAAAUACUCAAGAAGAGCUUGGGAUCAAUUAUUGCGUCAGAUCAAACCGGAAAGACCAGCGUGAGCGACGUAAUUAGACUUAAGGACGGUUCCAAACUUAUUAAUAGUAAGAAGAACUUGCAAAAGAAGAAGGAGAAUGGAUUUGUGGAUAACGGGGUAAGGCUUUUGUUUGGAAAAGGUGAUUUGUAA